AAACAUAGGUACAUAAUACAACAAUCAUGAUCGUCUACAAGGAUGUCAUUAGCGGUGACGAAGUGGUCUCGGACGCGCUAAAAAUUGAGCCCGUGAAGGAGAACGGGGAGGACGUCCCGGGUCUAUUUGAAGUGGAUUCGGCCAUGGUUGCCGUUGGCGGUGGAGACAUCGACAUCGGGUGUGGUAAUGCUUUUGGGGGGGCAGGGGAAGACGAGGGAGCAGACGACAAUGUCCAAAAAGAGAACAACGUGUCGGGUUCCAGCGGCUUCAAUUACACGGCGAUGCCCUUCUCGAGUAAGGGUGAAUUCAAAAGCUGGGUCAAAGACUACGUCCGCAACGUCCGUCAGGCUCUGAAAGCGAACGGCGUAGCCGUGGAAGAGAUCAAAAAAUUCAUGGAAGAGGCCCCGGGGUUCGUCAAGUGGCUGGUGGACAAGUACGACGACCUCGAGUUCUUUAUGUCCAAGAGCAUGAACCCGGAUGCGGGCUUGAUCUUCUCUUACUACAAGGACGGGGCGCACUGCCCCACUUUUGUGUACAUCAAGAGUGGCUACAAGGUUGUCAAGUUCUAAAGAUCAGCAGGGAGGGGAUUUGGCGGCAGGGAUAGUGGUGGGUGCGGUUGGGACGGGUGCAGCGAGAAGAGAGGAGGGGGUCGUGGGGCAGGCUGGAAGCGAUGAGAGACGGAAGAGUGAAAACUGAGGGACGGAGGCAAAAGCACCGCACGGAA